UUGCGAUACAAUAGCAAUUCGUUAAAAAUAAUUAAAAAAGUCAGUGUCAGCCUGUCUCAUGUCACCUUUGUCAAUGACAAAAUUGGAGUCAUGUCGUAUUUUUGUCGCGGUAUUUUUAUUUUAUAAAAACACAAAAUUAUCGAAAUGGAUUACAGCAGUGUCGAUUCAGAGUUAAUAGAAUCACUGGAUUUUCUGAGACCGCCAGUGAAAAGAGUUACCAGGAACUCAAACAGAGGCACGGCAGUAAAAUUAGACAGUCAUACUAAUAAUAUAAAAGUUUUAAAAGAAUUUCGCAAACAGAUUUCUAAAGAUUGCCAAUAUCCACAAUCUAAACCCAGAACUGCCGAAUCGUCGACUUCGCUUAUUUUGAAGAAAACCACGGAACGAGAGAUUCUUCAACAAUAUUCAGUGUUGAGUUACUCAAAUUUGUUAGGCCCUCGACUUCAAAACCCCAGCACUUUCCCUACUCACUUGCCUAACUCAAAGGAGAAACCAUUGAUCAAAGUGACGGUAAUACCAAAAACCUCCCAGACUCAAGCUUCUAAUGCCAUAAAAAGACGACUAAACCUCCCUAAGAGAAUCCACACAACAGUAUCCAACCAAGAGAACUCUAUACAGACGAAGAACGUCUACCUUGUUGUAAAAGGUCGUAAAAGAGAAAAGGUGUACGAAAUCAAAACAACUGGGAGUGCUAAAUUUGCGAAUACACGCUCCAAAAACAGCCUGAAAGAUGAAGUAAUACCACUAGAACAGCUAUCAAGUCUGAAAUUGGUGCUGGACUCUUUGAACAUGGACAGAGAGAAAGAUACGUUACGAAUAGGAAAACCUAACAAUAUAGACGAUUAUUUGAUGUUCUCAAGGACGGGGAACGAACGGUUUGAAGAGUGCAGGUGUCCCAAUGCAGUCCGUGACUCCGAAAGGUUCCGAGAUUGCAAAUGUUUUUAUUCGCCUCGAGAAGCUGCAGCGUCAGAUGCAGCUGGGAAGAAUCAUGUUCGAGUCACCGGACAUCUAGGGAUGACUGAAGAUGAUAGAUAUGUGUUGAGGUGCGCUGCUACUGUUCAUGAUAAACCUGGUAAGUUUAAUCUUAUUAUCAAUAUUCCUGUUAUAGUCAUACUAGCUCAUAGAUGGUUUGAUCUGGUUGCAGCUACGUCGGACUUCGCCACAGUUCAACAAACUUCGCCCCAUGUAUGUCAGGAAGAACGAAAAUCUUUCAACUUCUGCAACCAAAAUACUUGUUUGACGCGAUGCUACAACGCUGCUACAUGUUCCACGCAAAAAAGAGACUUCAACAUACAAGCAGAUCUUCAACAUGAAAACAAAUGGGAAAUGUCUCCGAAACCAACGAUUAUGCAAAACAAAGAAUCGCAAGCUACUCAAGUGAAUUUGAAUACUGGUAAAACAAGAGAUGUUCCUGUUUGUAAAAAUACAUUUCCACACAAGGACGAAAUAAUACAAUGCUGUCGAACUAACAUCGACACUAAUUGUGCAAAUCUCACGGACAGCGAUACCGAUUCCAACUCUGUCAAAGACUGCCAAAGCCCUCUGGUUAUAAUAUCUGUGUAUCCAAUGCAAGAUUGUUGUGAUAAUGUGAAAAUUGUGAAAAAUUACCAAGAUGAUGGUAAAUAUUCGUCGCCGCGCAAACCAAGUGUCUUCGGACAUAGCUCUCAACGUCCCAGCAGUGGAACACGACAGAACAAUGAGAAAAAGGUUGACAGUAAAUGCUCGAGAUCAAGGAGCCGUUCACCUUCGCCUCAGAACAGAAACACAAACAAGCAUAAUGUAGCUGAAGCCAGAGUCUUAAGAACCAACACAAGAAAAGCUAGUCCAGGGCGUGAAGUUUCACCAUCCAUCAACAGGCCAAUUCAACAAAACAGAAUCAAUAAUGAAAGAACCAAUAACAAAGCAGAUUUUUCCAAAAGCAGGCAAAAGUACGGCUUUGCUCAAAUAAAUAGCUCUAAAGAAACUAAAGGAAUAAAUACAGAUCACAAUGUAACGAAGAAAAUUUUAGUCGAUAGCUAUACAAAAAAGUUAACAGAUUACCUGAAUAAUGAGAAUGGGGAAACCAAACGUAGAUUUCCAAAAAGUGAUCCUUCAAAAGUUACAAUCAAUAUAGAUGGCGACAAAGAACUCUACGAUGUUUUAUUUCAACACGAAAAUAGUACGACUGAUUUAAAGUUUAGGAAAACUGUUAAAGGCCCUGCCUGCUCUAUCAAAAGAAAAACAGAGGAUGAUAAAGCUUCAUCUCCCACGAUGAAAAACCUAUUGCUAGUCAACGAUGAACGAAAGAGAAGAACAUCGCCAGUGCGAUCCAAAAACCAGCAGAAAGACGACCAGAAAAUAAAAAAAACCUUUUCAAGAUUACUUGUAAGAGAUAGUAUUGAAAUAUCUCACAGACGCGAUUACAAGCCACCUGUGGAACACACUGUGACACAUAAUCAAAAAUCCAAAAUUGAUGAUGAUAGUGGUCAGUUUUCAGCUCCCAUCAAACAUUAUAGAGGAGACAGUUGCACCAUAGCAGAUCCAAUAAAGAGGGAUAAGGAAAUAAGGGCACUUCUUGGUGUUGAUAAAGGUAUCCACAGUGCAGUUAAUCAGGUCAGUUUUUCAUGUCUGAUGAAUGCAACGUCAAGCACAUGCGAAGCUUAUAGGGGUGGCCUUAAACUUGAAGAAAAUAAGUUUGCUGUUCCUCUACACUAUUUCUAUGGAAAAACGCAAAAGAAAAUAGUUACCGGUAUUAACAUUAUGGAAAUGCCUGAAGAACCACCGUGUGUUUGCUGUGACAUACGAAGAUUCUGUAGUAGCGAAAGCAAUGAAGCAAAACCACAAACCUAUCAGGAGCCCCAACCGAAACCAAAAAGUAUUCAUCCUGCAUCUCAAAGAGUUCCUAGUCAAAGCAGCAAAAAGGUCCACGCUACAUCCAGCCAAAUCGAUAAAGAAGUUGCUCAGCAACAACCAGGUUCAAGUGAUUCUGCAUCUCCAGAAGAGAAUGUUCCCCCGAGUCCUAGUCCGGAAGAGUCGCCUAGUCCGCCUCCAGAAAGCCCCAGUCCAGUAGAGGAGAGUCCAAGUCCGGUGGAAGAACCUCCUAGUCCGGUAGAGGAAUCUCCGAGUCCGGUGGAAGAACCUCCGAGUCCGGUAGUAGACAAAAUAUCAAGGAAGACCCACAAAUCGUCGAAAUCUAUUAGAAAGUCUAGAGCUAACAGCACGGGCACACAAUAUGAAACCCAAGUGCAACGAACUUCACUCUACCAGCAGCUGAUACUCAAUCGUAAUAUACAAGUGUUUCUGCAAGUGGAGCAAUUCUCUAAGCAAAAACCGAUAAUAUUAUCGCGGAAGCAGUACGACAAAGUAAAAAGGACAAUAGAGAGCACAAUAGCCAACAAGACUGGUCGAGACUACAAGCGCAAGAAAUGCAUUUGCAAGACCAGUUUAGUGUCUGUUGGUGAUGUAAGACGGAAAACCAAUCCAGGGCAGCCGUUGCAUUAUGAUAAGCAGAGUCAAACUAAUAAGAAAGAGUUGGCGAUGAAUGCUAAGAGCACUUUGUCGCAUAAAUCUAAAGCUCGAUCAAUGAAGAAACAAAGUAGAAAUACUAUGGUUCUGUUUACAACGGAAGAAAAGGAUAACAAUGAACAGAAGGACGUGACGCCGCGGCAGGCGAUGUCGUCAAUGGAGAUUCAGUACGCGAGUAUGUCUUAUAUGAAACGCGUGACCUUCUCAUCUACCAAGGUGGAGGCUGGCUCAACGUGUCCCCCGCCGCUGGACCAAAAAGAAUCUCACUCCAUACAUACAAUUUUUAAUGGACAUAGAAAGUGCCCAACUCCGAACCUAGGCACGUCAGUUUAUUCGCUUUGCUCUGAAGACAACAACGUGAUGAUUUCUCCAAAGCCCCUCAUCAUGGCUCAGGAGUCGAAGCAGAAGAAGCCUUUCUUAAGGAGGCUAAUGUCGUGCUUGGUUAUGCGGUCGGCCAGAGCCUCGGAGCUGAAUGAAAUAGUCAACCUCCCUGUCAAAGAGCCAUCCAUCAACAGCUCCAUAGAUUCCUAUCACAUCAGCACUUCUUUGGGGGCAAUAGAAGUGAGUUCUUCAAUAUACGAUACGUCAGCGUCAUUCUACAGUAAUCACAGUGUAUACCCAGUGAACAGCAAGAUGAAAAGAGGCUUCUUCAAUUCCGUACGAGAGUUUUUGACGAUUCGCAAGAGUUAAGAAGAACUCAACAGCGUCUGUACAGUCUACAAUUUCAAUAUACAGAACGCACUACUUAUA